UGAAGUGCGCAAGCGCCGCAAGUUCCGCAGGUCAAACGCGAAGUGCGAAGCGCCGGCGCCAAAUAAAGUUAUUACGAUACACGAUCAAAAAAAUCACGUAGCGUGGCCGAGAGUUGUGAAAAUUGAUUAACCAGCAGCAGGUUAAAACCUACUAUAAAAACGCCAAGAUGCUUCAGUUGUGCACCAUCUACGCCUGCGCGAAUGGCACUUUGGGUCUGAAUUUGAGUCGUGCCCCUUGGGACCCCUAUCCAUGGGUCAGCGGGGUGCAGGCGAAGUCUAAUGCGGAAAGAGGUGGCGUUCGCUUGGGAGAUACCCUACUGGAGUUAAACGGUGCCGAUGUCCUGGGACUGAGGAUCAGUGAGCUGGCCAAUCGGUUGCAGGAUCAUUGGCAAAGCGGCGCCGAGGUCGUGACCCUGAUGAUGUGGCGUCAACAUGCAAACAUUGACCAGAAUGAAGAUCCUGCCGAGGCAUCGCAUGCUGUGCAGCACGGUAUUAAUCAACAAUCGCUGCAAAAGUUUGCAACAUGCCUGCAACAUAUUUCCCAAUUACUGGAGUGUCCUGUGUGCCUUGAGGUCAUCAAACCACCUGGCUGGCAGUGCUGCAAUGGACACGUGCUCUGCAAUAAUUGCCGCAGUCGCUCCGUAAAGUGUCCGGUGUGCCGAGUUCCUUUGGGGCCAAGGGGCCGCUGUCUGCUGUCGGACAAAUUAUUCACCCUGCUGGCGGAGAGCUUUCCCUGCGAUGGCGGAAAAACCAACAAAGUGACUUCUGCGGCCCAGGGCCAUGAAAAACUGAGCAGCGUCAACAAGUGCACAAAUGAAUAUCAUAAUCAACCGAAAAUGGCGCUGGCCAAGACGAGUUCCGGCAAGUCCAAGUGCGGCAAGCAAAUCUCCAGGCAACUGCCAGUUUCGGUCGACCAAAUGGCAAAGGGAACUGGAACAGGAGCAGGAGAUGGAGCCGAGGCUGCAGCCCAAACUCAACUGCAACAACGUGGCACGCUGAUAAAAGUGCAGCACCAGGAGACUGCCGUGGCAUUUUCGGGGGAAGGUCACAACAAUAUGCUCGUUAAACCAAAGUUAAAGUUGAGUAAGAAAAGUUGGCGGAUUACAGGGCCAGAUCAAGACGGAUUGCGCUGCGAUGAAGUUGCCACCAUAAAUAAUGGUGGGCAGGUGGGUAGCCAACAGCAGGGGCAAAGGCAGCAGGAGCAUCUGGAGAAGUCACCCAGCGGUGGCGAGAGCGAGUAUCAAAAUUAUCAUUGCCCCACUGGGAAAUCAUGCAGCCACAGUUACCAACUUGGCCAGCCAGUGGCCAACAACAAAUUGUCAACAGUCGAGAUGCAGGACACCGCAGUUGAGGAUUCUGGAGGUGCAUCCUUAUCAGCGGGGAGCCAUAAACAGGCGCCGGCAUCCGGAGUAAAUCAGGCACUCGGACUGGCACUGGAAGCGGCGGGGUCAAUAGGUCGACGGGAGUGGCAGCUGCUGCGUCAUUUGAGCAGCGACCACCGCCUGGCAGUAUUGCAAAUCUACGGCACGUUCGGCGAGCGGUUGCACGUCCGCCCUCAGUUGCCCCAGGAGGGCGUGGCCUGCCUGCGGCUGAGCGAGGAGUCCAAUGCUUUUGGCCACGUCAUAGUGCACACAUUUUUCUUGGCUGUCAUUGCGAUCGGUGGCGGCGAUGGCUGCGAUGAGCAUGCCAUCUUCCUGUGGCACCUGGACCAGCCACAAAGUGGGUCCUCUUUCGAGACUGUCAUCGAGACACAAGGCUACCAGUUCCUGGGACCAGCACAUUCGCUCCGGCGCAGCUGGCCGGAGAUUAGGGCUUCCGGUCAGUUCCUCACCUGCCGCAAUCUGGCUGCCAGCCUCGAGGUGACCAUCAAAAGCAGGUAGACCCGAGGUAUCCGCAGCUCCCAAGACUGGUCUCAAUGUACAGCUAGGAAUAGUAUUAAACAUAAUUAGGCUUAAGAGCUUUGAGCCAAGACUACGAACUGAUGUGUGGCUCUUCAAAAAGUAGCGAUAGAGCAAGCCAAA